AUACGAGGAAAAUGUGUCGCGGACGUUGCCAUGCCAAAUGAUACACUCCCGCAAGGCCCUUCGCCUUUUACGGCUUGCCACUAAGAUGCACAGCUAGCCAAUGGCGAAAACUGGAGGUCACGCAAGAUAUUCGUAACGAUAUUGACGAAAACUUCGUCAGACGGGCUAUAGUCUUUCGGACCCUUUGGAAGCAGACAGUUGACACAAAACGAAGUUUGUCUUUACUGGCAGCAGCAGCGAAUUAUUUGGCGAAUAUUCGUAACCAGCACCCAAUAAGUGUUCAGUUAACCAAACAUCUUUGCCUGCACAUCUAGUAAUUUUACCAGCUUACAGAUCAUUUAAAUCAAUUUUGAUUUUUGUAGCCUUUUCUUCUGGUGGCCGUAUCAAUUGAAAAAUAACGUUGCGUUGAUUGCACUGUCAACUGAAACGAUAAUCUGAUUGAUUCAUUCUACACCCAACAAUUCUCAAGUUCUGAAGAUGAAUGAAGACACCGGAAGUAGCUCAAAUGCCAUCUCCACCCCUUCAACGACGAAUAAUACAUUAACUACCAAAGAAGAGGUUGCCAGUGAAAUAAAAGAAUGGAUGGAGAUCGAUCAAGAUGGCACUAAUAAAACUUAUGAAAAUGCCAUCAAACACAUCGAGUUCAAACUGGGACGCCCACUUUCCUGUUUGGAAAAAACUUGGUUUGAGAUGCCAUAUGUCCAAACGGUAUUGCAAAUGUGGCUGGAAAAAAGUUUAAAAAAGGCUUUUGAAUACCUGGACAAUUGCAAUAACGAUAUCAGCAAGGAUAUGUCUACUGACUUGAAACUAUUGGAUUCCAUAAAUUGUUUUGAGGACAUUCGUUCUAAGGUAAAAGACGUGACAUUGCCACUGCGAAACUGGUGCGACGGGGAGUGUCGAUAUCUUAAACUUGUUUUCGGACAGGAAGAUCUGUUUACAAACACGCCACGUUUCACCGUCUCUGUCAACUGUUACUUGACUCAAUUUAAAACAUCGUGCAUUGAAAAGAUGUUCUCCCGAUGUCUGAGCGACAUCGUCAAGGAUGAAACCAACGGCCAGAAACACGAAAAAUUCAUUAUUGACCUGAAUGAUUUCUUGGCUUUUGUUAAUGAAGACAAAAAUGUAUUUGAAAAAAUGCUGUUGCAGCUAGGUUUUCCCCAAAAUAACGAAGAAUGCAAUGGCAAUACUGGCGAGGAAUUAGUUAAAGAACUGGUGGAAAUGUUUGUCAGUUGUUCUAAGAACGAUUUCCUGGCUAGCGUCAGAAAGGAAGAGAUUUUGCAAGCCAUUCUGGAGAACGACUUGAUGGUGGUUGAAAAUACAACUGACACUGAAUGGCCAGAGUCGUUUCACAGACUAGUCGAGAAAAUGUCACAAAGCAUUCUCCAGACUGACGGCAGCCAGACAACGCCAAGUCUAACACUUGAAUGGUUUCAACGUUAUCAAAAAGCCUCGUCACUAAUAAUGAAAGACGUCGAGUGGACCCCCAAAUUGCGAAUUCUGACAAAAGAAAUGUACAAGAAAUUCUUGUUACCCGAAACUGAAAUCAAUUACAAGAAAGAAGACGGAAAAAAAAUAAUCUUCUUUAAGGGAAUCGCCUUAUUCGUCAGCAAAAUGCUUCAGCUAAUGAAACAAUUGAAAGACGAACAUCCGGAUGUCGAAGAAAUCAAAAUCGUUGGAUUGAAAUCCGUCCACAUCGAUUGUGACUUGGAUAAUGAAAUCUGGCACGGAAUAAACAUUGGCAUCGUCACCGACAAGCUCAUCGUCGAUGACACCACUGACAAUAAUGCACAGACUUGGACCGGAUUUUGUUGGAACGUAUCCGGAAAAAAUGCUGAAGAUCAACCGAUGGGAAAACCUUGUCAAGCGGGUGAGAGCGGCGGCAACGUGCACGUCGUUUGCAACGAAAUAGUAAACGGCCAGAAAUGGACGAUCGUAUCGGACGGAGGCGACGGAAGUGAUGCGGCUUACAAAUGGACCGAAGAAAAAUUUAAAAAUUCUUUUCCGUCCAUAUCGUCGGGUGGCAAAAAGGCAAUGGAAACCGUAUUGACAACAUUACAAGAAAUUUUACCAAGGGAAAAUCGAACAAGAGACAAAGAUGUUCUGCCAGGGCACAAGGGCAAUUUUCUCAUCAGCGGCACGGCGAUCGACGGCAGUGAAAUCACGGCAAUAUUUUAUAAGGGGAAAAAAGAAGGACAGACACUCUUUUUAAUCAGAGGUGGCCAAGCAGGGCAAGCAGGGCAAGGUGGAUACGGUGGCAAGAUCGAAGUGAACAUUGGCGGGCAAUCGUCUAUGACAUCCGGGAUCCCUUUGACGGGCAAAGAAGGGAAACAAUUGACGGCUGACCGAUUGGGAGUCUACGAGGCUUCGUGUCCCAACGGAAAUAUUGGAAAAUUAACAGGUGACGUUGCUUUUACCCAAAAAGUCGCUAAAGGCGGCGGAUAUUUCUACGGGUUUGAAAGAGACGAGAAGAUCACAAUUGAACUGGGAGUGAAGGAGAAGACAUCAGCAGAAAAAGCAGGUGCAAAUUUAUACGUGAAAUAUCAAGAAGAAAAGGAGAAAAUGUAUGCCAUAUUAUCCGUCUCUAAAUACUCUGCCAGCGAUUUGGUAGUAAUGCUAGUGGAUUCAGUCCACCAGAAGAAGGCAGUCAUUCGUCAAAGUCUCGUCCGUCACCUCGACCAAAUAGACAAACGAAAGCAAUUGACAGAGUCCAUCCAAAAGAUGUUAUCCAAUCAUGCAAAACAUCAUUCCAUGAGCAAAGAAGAAAUUAUAAAAGCAACGGAAAACAAGAUCCAUCAACACCAUCAGCUCAUGGCUCAGCGUCAACAACAGCAGCAAUUCGAGAAAAUUGAACAAUACUUUAGACCAGCGUUUGAUCCAUCACGAUCGUUUCCGAAGCCCAAAAUAAUCGGUCGUCGCCCCGUUUGGAAUGGAAAUGUCGUCAGUUCCAACUGUCUCGAUGUAUUGCCGACAGAGGAUGGAACUGACAGUCUUCUUCACUGCCUUUUCGGCCAAUUGAAUUCGGAGGGUAAAUACGUGUGUAAAGACACUAACAAGUUCCGCAAACUGAUUGCAAAACACAUCCGUGAAGAAGACUCCAGCGCUAAAACCUACAACGGCGUAGUCAUGUUCAUUUUGCGAGUAGAUAAUGACAACAUUUUCCCGAUGGCGUGUGCUAAAAGAGACGAAUUGAUAAAAAAAAUCAUAGCAAAUUAUCAGCCGUUGAAGGGAAAAGAGACACAAGUUUUGUACUGGUUGAACUUAUUCAACGGCCGUAACGACGACGAUGAAUUUCUCGACUCAAAAUACGACGAUGAUGAGUGGAAGAAGGCAUGGGGCAGCAUUGGGCGUGACCCCACAGAAGUGAAAAAACAACUGCUAGAAGAAAUAUCAAAGUGGAAAAAGGACAAAGAUUUGAAAGACGAUUACACCAGAUACAUCGAGUCACCGACGGGUACACUGGGAUUCGCCGAACUAGAAAUGUUGGCAGAGAUGUUUAAAAUUGCAAUUCAGGUUUAUAAGUACCAUGGCUUAUCAUUUUUCGAAGAGAAAGAAACAAUGAAUCGAUCAAAUGAUAUCAUUAAAUAUUACAUAUUAUACGAAGGCAACAGUCAAUGGAAAAGACUUUCAUCUAAAGACAAUAAUCGUGAAAGGUUUCGACAGUUCUCUUUUAAAGCUGAAGAACAAAGUUACGAUUCAGAGAGUUUUACAGAAUUAAUGUCUCGAAUUAGAAAUACAGACAUUGAUCAAAAGAAUAUCACUUCUAUUGAGAAGUUAAAUCCCCAAAACAAGACACCAGCCAAACUAUCUCAACUUCUCUUGGACCAAUUAAACAAGCUCAACCGUCAAGUGGAGGCAAAUAAACUUGCAUCCGCAAUCAUUUCACUAGCAAAGUGGAUCGAGUACUACAACUCCCGAAAUAUAAGUCCUUUAUUUUACCUGCACAUCGUGGAAAAGAAUGAACCAAACGACUGGGAAUACGAAUUUCUUCUACUGGAAAUGGAAGAACGGUUGGAGAAACUAUGGAAGCAUUCUACAGAGAGAAAAAAAUGGAGAGAAGAAGUGCGUAAACAUUUGGAUUUUAUGGAUCACGACCGAGACGUACUGUCACUGUUCACUGAAUUUGCAUUGAGAAAAGAGGAAAGCGACAUUUUGUUUUUCUUAGAUUCCGAUAAACUCUCACGGACGCUAAAAGUUUUUGAAGAAGUAAAAUGCGAUUUGACCAGAGAAGGCUUUGGUUCAUUAUCUGUAAUUAACUUAUUCUACAAACAGAGAAGCGCAUUUUUGAAUAAAGAAGUAGAAAAUUGGUCGUUUGACAAGCAAAAAGUAGAAGCUUGGUUGGUUGACAAGCAAAAAGUAGAAGAUUGGUUAGUUAACGAGCGAAAAUACGUUUCAUUUUUUUUACUGGAUCUGGAAUACAAGAACGAAACAAAAUUGCUAGCUGAAUUGAUGAGUGACAAGAAAUUGACGAUGGGCGAUACAGUUCUGAACACUCCAGAAGAAAAUUCUAAAUCGAACCCGAAAAGUUUGAACGCAAUUAUUGCUGAUAUGGAGGAAAAUGAUCCGGAAAACAAGACGACUAAAAAAAUUGAAAAAAAGAUAAAUGGUUCGGAAUCCAUGAAAUCCGAAUUCUUGGGAAAAAUCGAAAUGGUAAAGACAAACAAAGUGACAAAAAAUUUUUUUUUGUUAAGAAAAGAAAAAAGUGAAAUGAAAAAGACAAACGACAAACAACGAAGCGAAUUUGUGUUUGAAUUCAUUUCUCAAAAGGCUAAGGAAAGUUUAUGCUGGAUGGAAGCUUUUCUUUGCGUUUUUGAAUACUCCGUCGAUAUCACUAUGGGAAUCCAGCUGAGUGAGACACAAAAAUUCGCCAUCAUGGCUCUACUAUCUAACGGAUGUUUCGAUUUUAAAAAAACAUUAGCGCAAGUAUCGACCGGUGAAGGUAAAUCAAUUAUCGUGGCCGGGGUUGCCAUUGGAUUUGCACUUUCAGAUCGUUUUCAUCCAAACAACCAGAAAAAGAAUCAUAAGGUAGACGUCAUCACCAGUAACGACGUCCUUGCUCUCCGUGAUUCCAAUCUGCCAGUUGCCGAAGGAGGACUAAAGGAACUCUACGAGUUUUUCAACGUCACCGUGGCAAACAACUGCAGUAAAAAUGUAGACGAGCGCAAAAAGGCCUAUAACAUGGACGUCGUUUAUGGGCAACUUGUAAAUUUUCAGCGAGAUUAUUUGCUGGACACAUUUUACAAUCGCGAAAUACAAGGUGGCCGAAAGAUGGUGUAUGGCAUCAUCGACGAAGUGGAUAGCAUGUUGCUGGAUGGUGGUAACAACAUGCUCUACCUGUCGCACGACAUCCCCGGUAUGGAGAUGCUCGAAUCUCUUUACGUUUUCAUUUGGGGACAAAUACGCAACACUUCAGCGGGAAUAAUCAAAUCCGAAAUCCUGUAUGACCUCUACGGCCAAAUAACAGAAACAGAUUUGGAAAAUAUUCACGGCCCAUUGGGACAAAAUGAAUCGGAAAGAAAUGCGUUAUGGGAACAUCUGAUUAAGAAAAAAGUUAUCGACCGUCAAGGCCGUCUGCUGAUAAACGAAGUCAGCGAAAUUACAGAAAAAAAGAUCAACUACACAGUUAAUGCCAAACUUAAUCCCAAAAUCGUUUUCUAUUUCCGUCAAAUAGUAGAGCGCGAGCGUCACAUUCGCAUACCGGAUCAUUUGUUGGAUUUCGUCGACAGACACCUGGACACUUGGCUGGAUAACGCAAGGCGGGCACUGGAGCUCAAACAAGACGUGGACUACGUCAUUGACCAUGACCGAUCAGACUCAAGUCCCGAUCUAAAUCCGCAAGUGAUCAUCAUCGAUCCGGAUACAGGGACGGAUCAAUCCAAUUCGCAAUGGGGCGGAGCCCUGCACCAAUUCCUUCAGCUAAAGGAAGGAUGCAAAUUGACGUUGCAGAGUCUCAAAGCAGUGUUCAUCUCCAACGCAAAGUACAUUAACAAAUAUAAUUAUUUUGCAGGAGUGUCGGGAACCCUGGGCUCCCAGCCAGAAAAGGAAUUUUUGAAAAAGAAUUAUAAAUGCGAUUUAAUAACUGUCCCGCCUGCUUUCCCCAAACGUUUCCGCUUUAAACCGACUAGAUUACUGAAGACAAAUGAAAAAUGGAAGGAGGUUAUUACUGAAGAAACCCGUUGGGCGAUCAUUGACCAAAAUCGUUCCAUCGUCAUUUUUUGUCGAUCCAUUAAAGAGGUCAACAUAGUUCAUAAACAAUUGAUAUCUGCAAUCAAAGAACUCAGCAGAGACAAUAAUAAGCGCAUCCAUCGCUACACUCGUGAUUACGAGAAAUUUGCUUUUGAAACUUCUGAACUGGAUGUCGGACACGUAAUCGUCGCCACCAACUUGGCCGGCCGAGGAACGGACAUCAAAAUCAGCAAAAAUCUAGAAGCCAACGGAGGUCUGCACAUUUGUUUGACUAAUUUUGUGGAUAACGAAAGAGUCGAGGAACAAGCGAUGGGUCGAGCGGCAAGAAAAGGACAACCAGGAAGUGGAAUCCUCAUCCUGUGCGAGGAACAAAUUGACCAAACGGAGGAGUCGGGCACAAGUGAAGAAUGGGGGGCUGAGAAAAUUUUUGUCAUGAAAGAGAUUAGAGAAUGGAAGGAGAUUCAACGAAUUUCACGUUUGGAAAAAGAUUUAAACCACCUUAAAAUGCUUGAAGAUUUAUUUGAAAAUUACACCAAUAAUUUCUCCGAAAGGAAAGUCAAAGAAAAAUUCAAGGAAAUUAAAAAAGAGAAGAAACCAUGCGAAAAUCAAAUCGUCCAACUAGCGGACGAUGACAAGUUGCUUAAGGUCUUCCAUGACAGCAUUCUGGACAAAUGGGCUCUGUGGGUAGACGAAACAGAUUACGAUUUAAAAUGUUUUGAUUUGAAACCAAACAAAAAUAAUUUUAAUUGGGAUAUUUUUAAAAUUGAUGAUAUUCCCAAUUGGAUGACGCCGGCCCGUAGAGUCAACAUUGCCAAACACUUGACAAUGAAAAAUUUCAAAAAUUCCGAUAAAGAAGCCACAAACAUUUUGGAUAAUCUACAAAAUUCAACUGAGAACUUUUUCUACCCAGCCGCAUUUUACUAUCGUGCUUUUAUUCUACUCAAGAAAAUGAAAAACAAAAAUGAAGAAAGCAAAACAAAUAAAUUUAUCUGCAUGUUACGACAUACGGAGUCAAUUUUGAAUGAACACAUCAAAAUGCAAAUGUCGUCUUUCAGUCUAAUUCAUCAAUACGAGAUGAAACCUAACCAAACCCUUUCAUUUUGUCCCGUCAAUGGCUACAAGGAACAAAAGGAAAACAACAUUGAAAUUCUUCAAUAUUUUUUAAGCUCUAUUCAGUGGUUGCUAGGCAACUACUGCUCUAUUUCGAAUUUCAAGGAAGUUGCACGUGAAAUCCCGAGAGAUCCCGGAUUUUUUGAAAACUUUAUCAACAACAAGAAAAAAAACGAAGAACUGAAAAGACGUAAAAUUCACCUGGAAAAAGUGGACGAAUAUUUUCGUGAUCUGAUCAAAUCCAAGUGCAUAAUUACCUGUAAACUCAACGAUUCCGAUACCAUUCCUAACGUUGUUCUCGACAAGUCCAAAAUCUCAAGUAACGACAUUAUUCGAAGCAAAAUAAUAAAGGAAAUAGCCGACGACUACGGCGCCAACGCUUCGUUGGAAGAUAAACUCAAAAAAAUUUUUGAUAAAUCUCGGGAUGAAAAGUACAUUGAAAAGAAACUGGAACAAAUGAAUUUGAUUCCGUGCACCAGGAAGACGUUCUGGAAGAAAUUGGUCGAUGCCAAGGCCUUAAAUUCUCUAAAGGAGUGCGUUAACAUGAAAUGUGUCAUCAUUUUAGAAGAAAAGCUGGAAUUAAUACAGCCCAAACUUGAUAAGCGAAAUGCAAUAACAUUAGAUUUUGGCGGAAAUUCGUUUGAUCACAACACUAAUUGUCUCAACAUCCUUUACAACUUGAUGUAUGAAAGUCGCCAAGAAUUGGAAAAACAAAAAAAGCUCAUUUUUUGUAAAGAGUACGUUCGACACAUUCUAUCGUCUGAUGGGUAUAGCAAAAAUAAGAAACUUUUCGAAUCAAAUAAAAUUGCCCAACUUGAUCUCGACAAACUCAAAGACGUGAACCUGGAAUCGUUAAGUCAACUGGGAAUUGAUGACCUGGGUAAAAUUGAAAUCGAUAAAUACGAACACGAAGGGAUUUGGAAAGAACUGAUCGCUCAAAAAAUAAUAAAGGGCCAAGGCUAUCUUGAACCAGACUUCAAAUUCAAUAAAGAUUUCAAGUAUCCUGAUUGCCCAGCGUAUGCAGACAGUGUCAUGCGUUUGGUGGCAAAGAAAUUCCCCGCCGAAAUAGUCAGACAACAGUGGUUAAUGUCGAAGGAUACACCCCAAUGUCUCAAAGCCAUCAUCUUGUUACCUUGCAAACCGUAUCGAGAUAUGCUGGGAGAUUUGAUGGCUGCCCACGUCAUAUCUGGCGCUCGAGUGUCGGACAUAUCUGUGGACGACUUAAAGGAAAAAGUUGACGAAAUCACAAAAAACGAUAAAGAACGUGAAUAUAUUAUGGAAUUCCUGACAAGGAGUCGACCUGUUUACGCUGAGAAAACCAUCACCCCUGAUUUCUUCCUCGACUUUAUCGAUCGUGACAUAAGAAAAGAGUCGAAUAAAGUGAUUCGAUUUGUUUCCAGUGAACUGUAUGUUUUUAGUCUUGGAGGAUUUGAUCGCAUUAUUGACAUUACGAAUCGGGAAUGGACAUUUAAAAGAAUUUUAAAGGCGUCAUUAUUCGUAUCACUCCUCAGCGUUGGUGCCCUCGCAUCUAUUGGCUUAGGAGCUGUUGCCUCAAUACCAGGAAUUAAAGAUGUACUCGGUUUCACAUUAUCAUCUGAAAUUUGCCAAAACCUGCUUUUCAUGGGAGUUUUAUCCGACAUCUUGUACGUGGUAGAAACCAUCUUGACCCGGAAAGACUUCACGUGGGCUGACUACAGGCGCCAAAGAAUUCGGAGCGCAAUAGGAAAAAUGGAGCCGAUCGACGCUAUCAAAGCCAUUUACAAAUUAUAUAAAAGCUCCAAUCAAAGUUUCGGAGAUUCAAGUAACGUUCAACACGGAUGGACGAAAAACGCAGACCAAAAUCAACAAUUACAGAAUGCGCGGGUGUUAUUUGAGGAAAUUAUUUGAUUUUUUGUUCUGUGAAGAGCAUUGUUGCCAAUUACUCAAAGUAAACAGUAAACCACCAACAUGAUAAACAAACUGUUAGCAACUUCUGUGUCUUUUAAAAAUACAAGAUUUGAUUUACUACUGCAA